GGCAGGGAAAAGGCACUCCGCGUGAACUCUUGGCGUGAGAGAAACAGUGAGCCGCUUCUCACCAGGAGCAGAUCUUCCUCUCGGCGAUGGCGUCUGUGGGUGAGGCCCGAAGCAGCGUGCAGAGGUAUCUGACCUGCAUGAGGUCCACGGGCGACACCGAGCAGUGCCAGUACCUGCAAAAGCAGCUCAUCGAUGCCACUGCUGACGUGUAAGGCACUCAAUGUCAGUCACCGGACUGACCAAGUGGCCGGGCAGAUCUGGGUGAUUGUGUGCUGGUGUGCGUUGUGGUCCGCCCUCAGAGUGUCGCGUGAGUGCUACCACCACGUGGAGAACUUCCAGCGGUGCUUUGUGCAUCGGUAUCGGCUCAAUUUUUGCGACGAGGAUCUGGUCAACAAGCUGCUGGCGUGCCAAGCGAGAUACACCAGCCACGUGCUCAUGUGAUGUGAUCUGAUCUGGCUUGGCUGGUGGGAUGGGAUACUGACUGUGGACGGAUGGCGAGAUGGUACUAGUGGGGUGGUGGGUUAGUUAUCGAAGGGGCUUCGUCGAUUUGACGAACCUCCUGUAAGCCGAGCAGCCUGUUUGCGCUUUCUUUUGUGAGAGCGCAUCAUGAUGUUGAUGUUGGCUGGCCAUGACUCGACUGACAAUGAGACGCUGGCUUGUGUGG